AUGGGCCUGGAGCCCUGGGCUGCUCUGCCACACGCGCCCCCGCCCAGCACUGCCCCUUGGUUCCGUCACGUGAGCCUCACCCUCGGCUUAGACUGCGGUGACUCCUGUCCCCUCAGUGCUUGGUAUGCUUCUGCCCAUGGCAUGGCAGACGCCACAUCACCUGGGGAGGACAUUUCCCAGGUUCCCAUGUGUGCAGGAGCCGGUGGACAGGAGGGCUGGGCACAAGAGAGCCAGCAAGUGCCCCGGGCAGGAAGGCGGCACACUUGCCACGAAUGUGGGAAGAGUUUUGCCCAGAGCUCAGGCCUGACGAAGCACCGGAGAACCCACACCGGGGAGAAGCCCUAUGAGUGUGAUGAGUGUGGGAAGGCCUUCAGCCAGAGCUGCAGCCUCUUGGAGCAUCACGAAAUCCACACGGGGGAGAAGCCAUACCAGUGCAGCGUGUGUAGCAAAGCCUUCCGCCAGAGUUCUCAUCUCCUGAGACACCACAGGGUCCAUGGAGAUAGAAGAGUUCAGAACCUUGACCAUGAAGUGGCUGGGGAAGGUCAGGGGAGGCUGGAAAGCUCAUGGGACAAUGUUCAAUCUCUUGAGUCAUGUAAGUGUGACGUGUGUGAGAGAAUUUUCACUCGGAAAAGGAGCCUCACUGAACACCAGAAAAUCCACACCGGUGAGAAGCCGUACCAGUGCGACACGUGUGGGAAAGGCUUCACCCGGACUCCUCACCUGGCCCAACACCAGAGGAGCCACACCACACCGCUGGGCCUAACCAAGACACAACUGAUAUCUCCCCCACUGUGGAACUGGGCUUACCUUGGCUAA